AUGUAUAUCGACACGUCACCAGAUGACAAGUACUUACAAACCUUGACCUUGGGUUCGUUCCCUCGCAAGGUACUACAGUAUCAAUCAUCGCUGGAGUUUAUUCGUCAAUGUAUUUACAUAGACUACAUGCUCCUGCUGUUGAUACAAAGUGAGUUUCGUGGAGAACCAUUAACACCUUCGCGCCAUUUUGUCGAGAAUGACAGAAACCUGACACCUCACGAUAAGUUGCUAGAAAUCCUCAACUAUGCCAAAUCGGUCUCUUCAAGUUACCGUGCCGAAGCCCAGUCAAACGAGGCGAACAUAUACUUCACCACAGUGUUGGCGCACUUGUACUACCUUGAUUCGGAUUUGGAUUCGAUGCAUCUGGCUCUCAACAGUGUUCCAUUUUCGGUGGACAUGGACAACACCACCGCAUCACCCGUCAGAAAUGAGUUUUUGCAGUAUUUAUCUUGUCGUUACCACGUCCUUUUGGGACUCACUAACGUGGGCAAUUCAUACAAGCUCUGGACUGAAUACCUUUUCUACUUCUCCAAGCCAUUUCAACAUUCUAAUGUUGCUGGAAAGUAUUGGCUUGGUUUGAUGUACUACAAUGUUGCCAAGUUUAUUGCUGGGAGCCGAGAACUUUCCUUCAAUGACUUGAAGGAACAAAAGUUUGGCGCCAACGAAAUGGCCAUGGUUUCGUUUGGUGGCUACUUGAUCAGAAACAAGCAACUUAUUGGGCCCAACUUUAAGCAGGAAUUUGCCAAUUAUUUAUUUGAAAUUUUGGAGCGCAAAAUGAACUCGGAGCUGCAUUUUCCUGAUGCCACUGCUACCGACUCCAAAGAGGACUAUUUUGUGGACAAUUUGUGUCAAGCCGUGACCGGGACUUUUUCUCGUAACCCGGUGGUGAAACCUUCGGUGUUGAAAAAGGUGUUAGUCAAGGCUAUGAGUCUGACCUACCAGAGCAUAAUCGUACUUGCAAACUACAUUGAAGUUUUGCUAAGCACUGGUGAGUAUGAUGAAGCAUUUGCGGCUCUCAAAACCUACAAAAUUUACAUCAAAAACCAUCAUGAGAUCCACGGAUUUAUCGAUAACUUAUUAUCGGUCAUCAAUGUUUUUACCGCAUGUUUGGUUAACUUUAAUCCUAUCAGAUCCUUCAAUGGCACUACCACAAACUUUAAACAUGUUACCCGUGCUGAAGUAGCCAACCUUUUAGCAGAAAUUUCCAAGGACCUUGUACACUACUUGAACCUUUUAUCCAAAAUUACCGGCUUAAGUUUUGAUUCCUCGUCAUUGCAAUUGACACCCGAAAAAAUCCAUCUUUCCUUUCUUUAUCAAAAGUAUAACCCAAACUUACUCCAGAAUGAUAAGUCAGAAUUCAUUUCAGAUGUCUCGAAAGGUUGGUCUGCCGUGGGGUUUUAUUAUUCGUAUCUUGCUACCUACGACUCCCCAACUAAAGACCUUCUUGAGGCUAAUGUCUCCUGUGUACUUUUGUACUACAAGCGCAGUUUGAUUGUGAACCCCACUGGCAACAGCGAGUUAUUAUUCGCGUAUGCAUUGGCCUUGGCUCACGCUGGUUUCCUUGAUCCUGCCUUAAAGUUGUGCAAAUUCAUCCUUAGAAAGUUUCCUGAAUCUUUUGAAGCUUGGAACUUGUUGGUCUUGAUUCAAACUGCCAUCGAGUCUAAGAACCCUGAUGUCGUUGUGACAAAGAAGCCAGCGAACGAAAACGUACUCAAUGAGCUCAACGAGGUUCCCAAUGGCCACGAUAAUGGUACUCGUGAACUGGAGAAAUUGAUCAAUAAUGCCCUUAAUGUCGCAGGUAUUUAUAUGGGUAAGCAUCGCAAUAACCCUUACAAGUUUGGAUACACAGUCAAGCAUAACAUUUUGCAAUUGAAGCUUACCCAGUUGGCAGUUUGGGAAGCUAUCUACGGAACUCAUUACGUUAUGGAAUACUUGCACGACGUUUUUGUAUUCUUUCAUGAGUUGUUUGACGUCAACGUUGCUCCCAAAGGUGUUGAACCAGUGUCAACUCCAGCCAAAGAUACAGCUAAAUGGUCUCACCGACCCAGCGUCAUUGAUCCAGAUGUACUGGAUACUGCCCGUUCUGAGAAGGAGCCUGAUCAUUCUAAUGGCCUCUCGCUUACUAGGACCAAGUCGAAUCGACUCACUCGGCGGUUUUCUCGUCUGGCGCCCAAAAGCUCCAAAGAAGUCCCCCUUCCAAAUGGCGCUUCCAAACAUAAAGUCGAUCGUCCUGAGAUGAAGUUGAGUAGUCAAGAAUCUCAGCUUUUGCAAGAUCUUUGGCUCUGGGCAUUCAAGUUAUACUACAAAGUCGGUCAGUUUGAAGAAGCUGAACAGUGUAUUGUUGAAGCUGAAACUGCACUCGCACCCAACUACAAUACUCAUGCUUGUCUUGGAAUGCUCACAUCGAAAGAGCGUAAGUUUCUCUCGUUACAAGAAUUCGAAAAAGCAUUAGAAGAGGUGGAGGACAAGAAGAACAGUUUCCACAAAUCGGCCUACGGGUGGGCUCUCCUCGGAUUGUGCAAGUUGUUCGUUAUUGAUGACGAGCCGCAAAACUCGUUGUUUAUAUCUUCUAAAGAUAAAAAUGCCGGUUUAAUUCGGCUCAAAAACUACUUGGAAGACUACGCAAGAUGUUGGCCGUUCGGCUAUAACAGUCCAGAAGUAUGGUGGUAUUUGAGCUUGGUCUACGAGAAAGUUGAUGACAAGAUAUUGUACGCCAAGAGUCUUUGGCGUACGGUUGAAUUGGAAGACUAUAGGCCUGUCCGAGGGUAUGAAACUUGUAGUCCAUACAAGUGA